UUAGAUAGAGCAACAAUCCGUAUCAAUCUUUAAAACGCCAUUGCGAACUCUUUCGAAAGAUAAAAAUGAGAAAUUCUAAAAGCACUUUGACAUCUCUAAUUCUGAAUUAACUUUAAAUCAUUUUUUAUUAGAUAUAAAUGAAAUAUUUUUUACAUUUCUAUUGAUUCAUCUAUGCCAAAUGCUAUGAUUCGAUAAAUUUUUUAUUAUCUUAUAGGUAAAUUUUCCAAAGUUCUUUGAGCCUAUUUGUAAAAAGCUUAGUGUUUUGAACACUAAAAUUGGGAAGGAGGGAGAAAGAGAGAAUGAGACAAUAAUGUAAUUUGUCAAUGUAUCUAUUUUUUACGAUGGGAGGAAUUUUUAUAUAGAUUUAAAUGUUAAUUUCCGUUUAUAUGAAAAUAGCUUUAUAUAAGAGAGACGGGAUAAAACUUAGAAUAAUUGUUAAAUUAUAAAAAGAAAGAUAAGAAAUAUGGAUAGGAUAUAAUUGUCUGUAUGAGUUUUAUUGUAUAAUUACAAUUGCUGUCAAGUAAUUCCUAUGUAUGACCUUUGUAGGAAGAUUUACCAUUAGUUGAAAAGUGUUAUUUGUCUUGAUAUCAUAUCAAGUAAAUUAUAUUGAAGAAUUAUUUGUUAGUCAUACUUAAAUUUUAUUUUUAAAUAAAUAAAACAAUGAAAUAUAAUGAUCAAGAUUUUUUGUGUGUAUGACUAAUUGAAAAAUUAGGAUGAAACGAAUAAAAAUAUAUAUGAUAAAGAUUUUAAAAUUCAAGAAUUGUGUAUUAUACAUUGUAAAUACAAUAGUUCCUUUUUACACUUUUGAAAAUCUUUGUACUAGUUCAGUUUUAUAUUAUAAAAAAUUUACAUAUACAAAAGAAAGAUACUAAAUAUAUUUUUUGUAUGUUUUCAACAUUCUUUAUAUUUUAUUAUUUUGUGAUCGUACGAGAUAAAUGAAUUUUGGUAUUGCUUCUAGUAUAAAUGUAGAUAUGACAUUUGUUGUAAAAAAAGUUGCACCAAUUGGUACUUGAGAUUAUAUUAGUCCAAAAGUUCUAAUGGAUAAUAGUGGAAACGGAUAUUCUCUCCUAAUGACAAUGUUAAAUAUAAGGUUGGUAUUAAGGAAGAAAUUAGGAAACGAUAAGAGCGCCAUCUACAUCGUUUCGACGAGCAAGCGUGGCUAAUCAAAGCACCAAAAGGUAAGCCGUAAGGGCUGUUUAUUUUUGGGUUUACAUUGGGCCGCUCGGUCCUACAAGGCUUUUUUCGAGUAAUGUGCUUCCUGGCCGUGUCGGAUCGUACGUCGUACUUGAAAAUCAGUUGACGAAGCAGCGAUGACCACGCCAAUAAAAAUGAGCAGUUCCGAGGAGGUAUCUUGGAUAUCGUGGUUUUGUGGCCUCAGAGGAAAUGAGUUUUUCUGUGAGGUCGAUGAAGAUUAUAUUCAGGAUAAAUUUAAUUUAACAGGAUUGAACGAACAAGUGCCACACUACAGACAAGCACUAGAUAUGAUAUUAGAUCUCGAGCCUCUAGAUGACGAUUUAGAUGACAAUCCAAACCAAUCAGAUCUGAUUGAACAGGCUGCAGAAAUGCUUUAUGGUCUCAUUCAUGCACGUUACAUUCUUACAAAUCGAGGAAUUGCUCAAAUGAUUGAAAAGUAUCAAGCUGGUGAUUUUGGCCAUUGUCCGCGUGUAUAUUGCGAGUCCCAACCAAUGUUACCUCUGGGUCUUAGUGAUGUUCCUGGUGAAGCUAUGGUCAAGAGUUAUUGCCCUAAAUGUAUGGAUGUCUAUACACCUAAAAGUUCUAGGCAUCAUCAUACCGAUGGUGCAUAUUUUGGUACAGGAUUUCCACACAUGCUUUUCAUGGUUCAUCCCGAGUACAGACCGAAACGCGCAGCAAAUCAAUUUGUACCUAGGUUAUAUGGCUUUAAAAUUCAUCCAUUGGCAUAUCAAAUGCAGCAACAAUCUGCAUCGACCUUCAAAGCACCAUUACGAGCUCUUAAUUAUAAUAAUGGGAAACGCUAAGAGUACUUUGACAUACUUUAGACCAUUUUUCAUUACUCAUAAUGCAAUUCCUAAUUUCGUCCCUGCGAUUUAAAUAAAAUAUUAUUUUUUAUA